AUGCCGUUUGUCACGCCCAGCGGCGGCGUGUAUGUCGUCCAGGCACUCACGCCCACCCACAAAGUCUACCGGCUGAGCCCCGGCGGCGCCGCCGAGCUGCUGGCCCCGCCCGCCGCCGACGGCGCCGGCGACGGCGCAGCGGGGGCGGCGGGCGCGUUUUCGGUGCUCGGGGCGGGGGCGGCCAAGCUGCAUGGCGGGCCGCCGCUGGUGCUGGUGGAUGGAGCGAAGUGGUCGGAGUGGCUGCGAGACCCCAAAGUUGCAGCGAGGGCAAAGGCCGCGUCGCGCUACUUUCUUGGUGUGGUGCACUUUUGGGUCCCCACUGGCAGUGGCGACGGCCGCAGCUACCACCACUAUUUGUACAAAAUGGAGGCCAGCCCCCCCUUCAGGCCGCUGGAGGUCUCUGCCGAGCUGCCCCUCAAGACUCACCCGCGCUACAAAAAGGUGACCUUCGCCAGCGGCCUCCACCUGCAGCCGCCCCGCCGCGGCGCGACCCCCGCAAAUGGCGGCAGCGGGCCGCGCGUCCUCGUCAGCUACGGCAGCGGCGACGCGGGCAGCAGGGUGCUUGUGCUGACUUUGGAGGAGGUCGAGGGGCUCUUCAAGGCGGGGCCGCCACGGGCCGGCUGA